AUGUUGUGGCUCUCAUUGUUUCUCCCAAACCCCUUCAAAUACGACGAUCAAAACCCCUCAUUGCCACCGCCAUACCCCUCAACUCCGCCCUCCUCCGCCGUCAAGGACGACAUCUCCGUCCUCACCCACCAACUCUGCGGCGCUCCCCUUCCGCCACAGCAUUCCAUGACCGCCUUGGCCUCCGAUGAUGAGACGACGUCGUAUUCGCAAGCAAUUCUUGGAAUUAAGAACGAUUUAGUGGAGAUUGGGGAUAAUUUGAAGACGGGUAUUUCGCUAUUGGCAUCGAAUAAGGUUGUGUCUGGGAUUUCUCUGUUCGCUUCCAGGCUUUUACCAUUCCAAAACGACGGCGAUGAGGCUGAAAGAGAUGAGGGAGACGUCACAGUAGGAAUUACGGAGGAAGUUUUGGACUUUGUGGGGGAAAUUUCGCUGCAGCACGAGUGUUGGACCGAUUUUCCUUUGUCACUACCCAAUGGUAUAUUUGAUUUUACUUCAUUAUAUGCCUAUUUAUAAUUUUCUUACUCAUCCACUUGAAUACAGUGCACUUCACUAUUCGUAUCUGUGCAAACUGUUGAUUGUUGUGACGUAAUUCAAUCUUUGUUACCACUUUUGUGCUAUUGAUUGGUGCGAGUAAUCUAGAAUCAAUCACCAAAUAAUGGUACUUUUUCGAAUUCUUUAUCAUGAUUUCUAUGUCACUUUUUAAUGGGCAGUUGUUUCUAUGAAAAACGUGGUUUGAACAAACGUGCAUGCUAGACAUGCUUUCAAUAGAAAACCUUGUAAGGAUAUUGCAAAUAGGAUUUGCAUGGAAAAGUGUCAAACCACCUUUUCAUGUGAAAAAAGGGUUGAUUGAGAA